AUGGUCGGCCCUCGACACGGCGGUCUCGAGCCGGAGACGGCGCCAGAGCUCUCUGAGGCCCUUCGCCCCGCGUCAAAGCAGGAGCAGGAAGAGGGGGAGGAGGGGGAGGAGGUGGAGGAGGAGAGUCAGCAGAGUCUCACGAUCUGCCAGCGCCACCCCCUCGACGCGUAGGGAAUUUGCCCCGGGAUUUCGGGCAGAAAAUGAAAAUGGGAGUCGUUCCUCCCGCACCGCCCUCUGGGGAUUCCGGUUCGAUUCGCUGCGUGGAGGGGGAGGGGACGAACGAAUCGUGUCCCCUGGGUGGUCGUGCUGGCGUGGCGGUGGCAGCAGAUUCCGCCGGUCGGAAUUGGCUGGAAGAAAUGGAUUAAAUUGGUGUGAGCUUGUUUUUUUUUUUUUGGGCUGGGACGAUUUUUUGCGAAAGGGUGCCGGGAUGGUUUGUGUAUCGCACUAAUUUAGUUUACGUGGCAAGCGUGUUUUGCGAAAGGGUGCCGGGAUGGUGUGUGUAUCGCAUUACAUUUACGUGACAAGCGUGUUG